UGUUCUGGGGCCCGGCUGGGUUCGGCCCGCUCCCUGGCGCCGGCUGUUGUCAUGGCGACACCCUCUCGUGCCCUUUGCUGCCUUUAAGGCCGUGGUGGGCAACACGCGGCCCGCCCAGGGGCCCCGGUCCCAGCCAAUGGGAGCUGCGGGAAGCAGCGCGGGUUGCAGGGACGUGCUGGCCGCCGCCUCCCGCUGCGCCCAUUGGCCGGGAGCCGCGAACUCCGGCUCCUGAGAGCUGCGGCCGGUCCGUGUAAACAGCCUGGCUCGCGGCCCGCCACUGCUGGAAGGCCUAUACGGGAUAGAGAUGGCAGAGGAGGCCGGGGAUGAGAAGAAGCAGGUGGCAAAGUUUGAGCUGGAGCGGGAGACGGAGCUUCGCUUUGAGGUGGAGGCCUCGCAGACUGUCCAGCUGGAGCUGCUGGCAGGCAUGGCGGAGAUUUUCGGCACCGAGCUGACCCGUAACAAGAAGUUCACUUUCGAUGCUGGUGCCAAGGUGGCCGUGUUCACGUGGCAUGGCUGCACAGUGCAGCUGAGCGGCCGCACUGAAGUGGCUUACAUAUCGAAGGACACACCCAUGCUGCUCUACCUCAACACCCACACAGCCCUGGAGCAGAUGCGGCGGCAGGCAGAGCGCGAGGAUGAGCGGGGGCCCCGGGUCAUGGUGGUGGGGCCUACGGAUGUGGGUAAGUCGACAGUGUGCCGGCUGCUGCUGAACUACGCUGUGCGGCUGGGGCGCCGACCCACCUUCGUGGAGCUGGACGUGGGCCAAGGCUCGGUCUCCAUCCCUGGCACCAUGGGGGCACUGUAUAUCGAGCGGCCUGCUGAUGUAGAAGAGGGUUUCUCUGUCCAGGCCCCCUUGGUCUAUCACUUUGGCUCCACCACUCCAGGCACCAACAUCAAACUCUAUAACAAGAUCACAUCUCGCUUGGCUGACGUCUUUAACCAGCGCUGCGAAGUGAACCGCCGGGCUUCAGUUAGUGGCUGCGUCAUCAACACGUGCGGCUGGGUGAAGGGUUCCGGGUACCACGCCCUGGUGCAUGCUGCCUCAGCCUUUGAGGUGGAUGUGGUGGUAGUGCUGGACCAGGAGCGCCUAUACAAUGAGCUGAAGCGGGACCUGCCCCAUUUUGUGCGCACAGUGCUGCUCCCCAAAUCGGGUGGGGUGGUAGAGCGCUCCAAGGACUUCCGGAGGGAGUGCCGGGAUGACCGCAUCCGUGAGUACUUUUACGGCUUCCGUGGCUGCUUCUACCCCCACGCCUUCGAUGUCAAAUUCUCCGAUGUCAAGAUCUACAAGGUGGGGGCUCCCACCAUCCCUGACUCAUGCUUGCCCCUGGGCAUGUCGCAGGAGGAUAACCAGCUCAAGCUUGUGCCAGUGACGCCAGGCCGUGACAUGGUGCACCACCUGCUGAGCGUCAGCACUGCUGAUGGCAGUGAGGAGAACAUCUCUGAGACUAGCGUGGCUGGCUUCAUCGUCGUCACUGGGGUGGACGUAGAUCGCCAGGUCUUCACAGUGCUGUCACCGGCACCUCGCCCACUGCCCAAGAACUUUCUGCUGAUCAUGGACAUUCGCUUCAUGGACCUUAAGUAGGGGCUGCACUGGAGCAGAAGAGGUGGAGUCCACCAGGCCUAUAGUGUCUCCGUGGUGGACAGAACUUUUACCAAUUGAAGGGGGUGGAGACUGCCACACAGACUGAAUCAUUUGAAACCAGUGUGGGAAGGGGUAGAGGCUGCUGUCCAGAUCAAACCAUUGGGAGAAACCAAAGUGAGUCAGGUGAGAUUAAUUUGUAGACAGAAGCAGGGAGGGAAUGUGGGAUUAAAUGUAACUGUAGAUGGUUCACUGUCUACAUCCUUCUCUAUGAUCCCUUCUCCUCCUUAGAUUUCAGUCCCUGAAAUCUGGACCCAUUGUCCCUUUUACACAGCCAAUGCUUCGUGGGCCUCCUCUUGUAGAAGAGGAUCAAUAUUGUUUUAUAUUUUUGUAAUUUUAAUAAAUUUCCUGGUAUUUUACUGGU